AUCAAAAUAUAAGUGCGCAUUUGAAAAAAUGCUUUAUUUAUUCGCUCAAACAAUCAGCUAUCAAUUUGUUUGAUGUAUGUUGAUUACGCAGUGCUGCAAAAUAAUCUUCAGAAAGAGUUUAUUCCUCUCAACUCGACCAGGACCACAUCCAUCGCCGUAUACCAGAAAACCAGAGAUAUGCAGAACACAAUCCUUGUAAUGUGCCUGUCGACGAUUAUUCUAUUCGGCAUGACGGAAGUUACCGAUGCGAAAAUAUUUCGAAGGAUUCCACCUCUUGGUAAUCGUUCCAACAAUGGCAUCAAUUUUAGAGUGCGUAGGUUACCUCCAUGGAUACCUCCACUGGGUAAGGUCUUCAACAGGAACUUCAACGUUUAUGAUAAAGAUGCUGAUGUAAUGAGAAGACCUCCCGGUGGGAGGCGCUAGUUGUGCAGACUACCUCACUACCAACGCAAACCUACGUCUACAUGUAUGUGGGUGCGUUGUGGACUGAUAAACACCCAGGAGAUGCAAUUCCGCGUUGGCAGUGUAAAUUACAGUUAAUGCUGAUCGAGAUCCUCACAUCCCCGACAUGUGUUAUUUUACAUAAUUUCUUCAGAAAAUUUGUUUAUAAUUACUGCAGUAUCUUGUUACCUUCUCUUAAAACUAAAUCCAAUCACACUUUUUAAAUUGUCAUUUUGAUUUGUCUCCGUGAGUUCGAUUACAUUCGAUAUUAAUCAAAAUUUCAUAUUAGAUAUUGCAAUGUAUAUUCAUAUCCAAUAUGCUUUGUGCUUUGAAGUGAUAUGUACGUGUAUUUUCCCAAUUUUUCUCUCUUGAUUGCACCCAUUUCCGCUUUUCCCAAUUAUGUUAUACUUAUAGAAUUUGUUGUUGUAUAUGGCAGGGAACAUAUUUGUCAUCUAUUUCUUUGUAUUAAUCUAAGAUUUGAGAAAUCUACAAGUUAUGGAUGAUUUAUUUAGCAUGUUUCAACAAUUUAUGUAUAUCUUAAUAAAGUUAGGAUAGCAUGCAUUGAUGUAAUAACAAUGAUCACAUAUUUUACAUAUUUUAAAAGAUAAGCUUUGCAUUUUCAUGUAUAUGGUUUAACUUACCAAAUAAAACAUUAUCUG